AUGGUAUCGUCACGUAUCUUGAGCAUCGCUGCCUUCGCGGUGCUGGCAGGGGCCCAGUCGACGAUGUCAACGGACCCGAUUACACCGACGCCGUUUUACAGUACGAUCACGACGACUCGGACAAGAGCCGCGACAGUGAAAGCCACGGGGGCGGCCGAGACUCACACUGUCGCUGUUGGUGCUUCCGGAUACUCAUUCUCACCAUCGAAAGUGACAGCCAACGUUGGUGACACGAUAGAAUGGAUCUUCUACCCCGAUGGACACUCAGUCAUCCGCUCGGAGUUCGGUUUCCCUUGUACGCCUUAUGAGUACAUCGACAUUGGUCGACAGGGUUUCUACAGCGGCCCUGAACCCGUCAAGGCCAUCACAAACGAUGUAAUUGCCAUCAUUCUGAGUCUCAUCACUUAUCUAACCUCCAACCAGAUGCCAAGAUUCAGAGUCCGCGUCAACGACACCGACCCCAUCUUCUUCUACUGCGGCGCCCCAGGCUCAUGCUACAAGGAGAAGAUGAUCGGCGUCAUCAACGAGAACUCAACCCAAACCCUCGACAAGCAGCUCGAAGCAGCCCUUCCCCUGACGACCCAGAUCCUCCCCGGCGAGCCCUUCCCAACCGAGUCCGACGCCUCCCGCAACGACCACCACCACCUCAGCGGCGGCGCCAUCGCCGGCAUCGUGAUCGGCUGCGCCGCCUUCCUCAUCUUCGGUGGCCUCCUCGUCUACCUCUGCGGGCGCCGCGGCGGCCUCAAGCGCGCCUACCAGCAGCCCCCGCAGUCGGGCCAUGGAGGAGGCGAAGAGGCGGCCUCGCACCCGCCCGUGACGGAGGUCAACUACAGCGCGCAGCCCAAGAGCCCCGCGACGCAGGGCGAGCUCAGCGGGACGUACCGCGACCAGCCCACGCCCAUCGGCGGCUUCCCCGGCGCCAGCCCCCCGAUGAGCCCCCAGCCGCAUUCCAUGCAGGCCUAUUACGACCCCCGCAUUUCGUCAAUAGCGCCGAGCAUCGCCGUCGAAGCCCCGGACAACCAAGCCGCGGCCCCACCGCCGGCCCCCGCGCUGGAGGCUGCGCCUGUCGAGCUUCCGGCGUCCGCUGACCCGGGUAACUCCCCGCUCCCCGCGUACAAGCCGCGGUUCUCGUUUGCGGGGCAGGAAGCUGACUAUCGGCCAAGUAAGGAACAGUCUUAG